GAUUUUGUUAAGCUUAUACCGCUGGCAAAUAAGAUGUCAAUAUCGAUGGCUGAAGACGGUGAUUUUCAGUGGAGUAAACUAUAGAAGAUGAAUGGAAUACUUACUGAGAAGUUUUCUUUUUAUGACAAGACUAAUUAAAAUGAAAACAACCCUAAGUUGGAAAUCAAUUUUUCCAAUGCAAUUUAAAAAAAUGGUAUGGAAAAAUACUUUUCAGUUUCACUCCCUUUUUUCUGCUUUCCAACUUCAUGAUACGAAAAUUAUUAACACGGAUUAUAUUUUAUAGUUCACUUUUGGACGCCAUUACUAUAAUAUGAUAUCAAUGAAUAGCGGAAAUAUUUCAGUUGUAAUCCACCUUCAUGCCUAUUAGUAUUAUGCAUCAUGAACAAUGUGCAUCUACUAAUUUUGCAUCAAGUCAUUUCAGUGAUGUUAAUACUAUCAAUUAUAACCAAUGACAAGGUUAUAUUAUCCAAUAUGUGUUCUUCCCAAACAGAUAUGGAUAUAUUUCAUUGCUCGCAUAAACGUCUUACAGAGAUUCCUAGUUUCAUUCAUGAAAACACCCGUGAAUUAGAUCUAUCACAUAAUCUUAUUGAAAUACUGCACGAGGAUAGUUUUACAAGAUUACGUAAUGUGCAUAAAUUGAUUUUGGGUUACAACAGAAUUUACAAGAUAACAGAACGUGCUUUCCUACCGAUUGCUGACACCCUAACCUGGUUGGAUUUACGAUUCAACCAGUUGACAUCAACUUUGCAUACACCAUUUCCUAUUGCAGCAUUUUCUCAAGUUGUACAUGUGAACUAUUUAGACUUAACUGGUAAUGCGUUGGGAUUUCUACCAGCUGGAUUUUUGUAUCAUAUGGGUAGAAGUUUAAAUCAUUUAGAAUUUAGUUCAAUACCAACAAGAAUACACAUGGAAUCUAAUACAUUCAAUGGUUUAAGCCAGUUACAUCACCUUAAUUUUGCUAAUAACACAUUUGCUAAUUUGAUGGAGGAGGCAUUACGUGGACUUAGACCAGAACAUUUUUCUUAUUUGAAUUUAGAAGGUGUAAAAUGGAUAUGUGACUGUCAAAUACUAUGGUUUCGUCGUUGGCUAAGUCGUUUACCAAGGAAGGCUUUGUAUUUUAAUUCGAAACCAGGUGGUGAAUGCAGUUCACCACCACAGUAUCAAAAUAUGGCAUUAAUGUAUUUAAAUUUAACUUCACUUCAGUGUCAACCAGAACUAAUGAAUACUGUACCAACAACUUAUAAUACUGAAAAUACUAACCUCACUGAUCACAUUAUGCCUGUUCAUGUGUAUGGCCUUCAAGGUCAUAAUCUAACAUUGGUGUGUUCGUUUGUCAGUGAACCAAAAAUGCAGAUUCAAUGGUUUCAUAAUGGUAUACUCAUACAGCCACAUUGGUCACGUGUUGUACAAACAAUUAGUCCAGGAAUAAAAUUUACAACAACAUUAUACUUUGAACAGUUGGAUAAAAUUAAGGAUGAAGGACAAUAUAGGUGUCAAGCAAGUAAUCUUAAAGGUGCUGCAUCAGCCACAUUCUAUGUUCAUGUUCAAACGUCAGUUGAACAAAAUGAUCAAUUGCAAUCUUAUAAUAAUAAACCGAACUAUGAUGAACAAGUUAACCAGGUUUUUAAUCCAGUUAUAAUUAUCAUUUGUAUUGUUUUGUUUAAUAUUGCAUUUAUAAUCAUUGGUUUAUUCACAUUGAAAUGUGUGUACAAUAAGCAUAUGCUUAGUCAAAAUCAAGUAAUGACUGCAUCUGGCAAAAAGUUAAAGAGUGAUACUGAAGCACAUAAUGUAGAUUAUAACCCACCAGUAGUAGAAAACCAUUUAUCUUGUGCAGGUAAUAGUCUGCAACUAAGUGCACAGAUUGAUCCAGAUCCAAUCAAUAACAAAGAUUUUUCCACUAAUAUGGUUUAUUUACCCUCUGAACUAUGUUGUGAAAAUUUAAGUCAUGUACAGAUGAAAAGCAUGACACAGCCUGUGGAGAAUAAGAUGUUUGAUAGGAAUGCUUACCUUACAGACGGCAUACUGAAUGAUAACAACAACCAAAACACUCAAAAAAGUGUAUUACAAACAAAAUUAGUACACCAUUUUAUGAAACAAGAAACGCCAUCACCACAAAGCAGUGAUAUGGGUUAUUUAACAUCAAAUGCAUCUCAAAACUGUGACAGCUUGUUAGAUUGUGGUUCCAACUGUGUGGAAUCUCUCUCGUCAGCCAAACAGCCAAAACCUAAAAGUUAUUAUACAUUAGGUGUAAGAUCUAGAAGUCGUUCACCAGAAUUAAUUUACUUCUUGAAUACCUUACACGAAAAACAACCCAUAAGUUAUCCUAAACAUAGUGAAUGUUCAAUGCUCACUGGUUCAUUAUUACCAAAAUGCAUAGCUCAUUCUGCAGAACGGCAUUCUUAUCAUCAUCAAUAUACUUCAAAGUCUCAAUCUGUUAACAGUAACACGCAAGCUGAAAAUGGUACUCUGACAAAUCAGGCUUCAUGUCCAAUACAUGGAUUAAUACAUAGAAACAAGAAUGAUUCAAAUUUAGGAAUCCAGUGUGUAAUACAUUCACCACACAAUAAAAAUAAAUCUCAUUGUCCAAUCCAUGGGAACAGGAAUUUACCGAAUCCAAUGAAAUCUGAUAUGAAGUAUAAAGUAGACAUCCUGAAACCAUAUUCAGAAAAUUCGAAUAAAUACUCAAGUUUAAAAUUGGAAUAUUCAAACAAGAACUUAAUGGAAUGCAUAAAAACGACUUCAUUGAAUGGAAGACGUAGUAGUAUGAAAAAUCUAUGGAAUAUUGACAGUUGACCAUUGAACAUAUAUGAUGGAGACACAUUUUUACUCAAAAACAAACAUAAGAAAAGAGUAGAAAUAUUUUGGUUUUAUUCCUAAACUUUUAAAAACGUCUGUCAACUCAAAUAAUUGGACAAGACAGGUGAUUGUUAAUUACUGUAGCAAUAAACUUAUUUGUGUAUUGUACUCAUUCAUUUUUUUUGAUAAUCGAUGUACUAACGAAAAAGUCAAUUAUACAUAGAAAGAGGUGAAUAAUAGGAAAGUAACACAAAGAUAAUUAAAAUUUCCAAAUGAAUCAUUAUCAUAAAUAGGCGAAGUGUUGAUGAUUGUUAUCUCUCAUUCACUGUUCUUUUUCUGUACACGACUGAAGUCAGUUAAGCAGAUAAAGUUAACUUAAACAAGUUUAUUUAACAGAAUUUAUUACCAGUAU